GCCAGCAGGGCAGGACAGCCAUGGCGGCAGCACCUACGUGGAUUCCUCUCCUUGUAGGUUUCUUGGCAGGGUUAGGGAGCGUCGAGGCCCAGCAGAUCACCCUACACCCACUUGUGGGCCGUUUCUUUGUGCAUACCUUGGACCAUGCCACCUUCCUGCGCCUUCCGGAGCACGUUGCCGUCCCACCCACCGUGCGAAUCACCUACCAUGCCCACCUCCAAGGACAUCCUGACCUGCCUCGGUGGCUCCGCUACACCCAGCGCAGCCCUAACAACUCUGGCUUCCUCUACGGCACUGCAACCCCAGAAGAUCGGGGACGCCAGGUCAUAGAGGUCACAGCCUAUAAUCGAGACAGCUUCGAUACCACUAGGCAGAGGCUGGUGCUGAUAAUUGGCGACCCAGAAGGCCCCCGGCUGCCAUACCACGCGGAGUUCCUGGUGCGUAGCCAUGAUGUGGAGGAAGUGCUGCCCUCCACACCUGCUAGCCGCUUUCUGACAGCACUGGGCGGGCUCUGGGAGGCAGGGCAACUGCAGCUGCUCAACAUAACCUCAGCCUUGGACCGUGGGGGCCGAGUUCCUCUUCCUAUUGAGGGCCGUAAAGAAGGGGUGUACAUCAAGGUGGGCUCUGCCUCGCCCUUCUCCACCUGCCUGAAGAUGGUGGCAUCCCCUGAGAGCCACGCUAGCUGUUCCCAGGGUCAGCCUCCACUUCUGUCUUGCUAUGACACUUUAGCACCCUACUUCCGCAUUGACUGGUGCAAUGUGUCUCUGGUGGAUAAGUCAGUACCAGAACCCCCGGAGGAGGUGCCCACCCCAGGCGAUGGGAUCCUGGAGGAUGACCCAUUCUUCUGCCCACCUACGGAGGCCACAGCUCAGGACUUCCUGACAGAUGCGCUGGUCACCCUCCUGGUGCCUCUGCUGCUGGCCCUGCUGCUCGCUCUGCUGCUGGCCUACAUCAUGUGCUGCCGGCGCGAGGGACGGCUGAAGAGAGACCUGGCCACCUCUGACAUCCAGAUGUUCCACCAUUUCACCAUCCAUGGGAACACAGAGGAGCUGCGGCAGAUGGCGGCCAGCCGAGAGGUGCCCCGGCCUCUCUCCACCUUGCCCAUGUUCAACGUGCGCACAGGCGAGCGGCUGCCUCCCCGUGUGGACAGUGCCCAGGUGCCCCUCAUCCUGGACCAGCACUGAUGGCCCGGCCAGCCCCGGCCUUUCCUUUCAGACAGCUGCUGACCUGUAGCUUCUGGCUUCUGGACCACUUGAACCUCAGACUCUGAACAUCAGAGAGAUGGGCUUGGGCAAAGUGAGGGAGGUGAUGGUCUAUGCAGUCCAAAUCCUGGAAUAAACAAAUGCCUACAGCUCUGCUCA